CGUAGGCAAACUAUAUAUAAUGAACUUCCAAGUGCUAGCUCAUGUCUGCGAAAGAGAAGUUAAACGACGGGGUAAAGGUAUUGUCUCUGUCGAGGAACUAUCUUCCACGAUCUAAACCCCGGAGACCCGGAGAGGCUGUGUUGAUCGAGUAUAAGACGCAUUCCUUCCCGCCUUCGGGUCUCUUACAUGACGGCAUGGUCCAAUCGGUGAUGACCGAGCUCCUUCUACAAGGCUGGCGAACAUAGCCAAAGUCGCCGAGGCAGGCAGUGAUGACUUCAUCAAGGG